AUGACCAUAAUACGUCAAGCAACAAAACUGGGUCUUCCAUUGAUGAAUCUUGUGAGAUUUAAUGGGGUACCCAUUUUGAAGCAACUUCAAUUGGAGGAAAAGCUUCUUCGUACUUCUUCAGAUAAUUGGUGUAUUAUAAAUGAUGGGACCAAUGUCCCUAAUAUAGUCAUGGGAAUUUCUGGGAAGCCUUCAGAACUACUUGAAAUCGAACCUGUAUUGCGAGAUCAUAUUCCAGUGAUUAGAAGGUUUACUGGGGGUGGCACUGUUAUUGUUGAUAGUGGGACUGUUUUUGUUACUCUCAUAUGCAACAAGGAUGAUGUUCCUGGAGUGCAACCAUAUCCACGUUCCAUCAUGUCUUGGAGUGGUUUGUUGUAUAAUGAAGUCUUCCAAGGAAUUGGUGAUUUCCAACUUCGUGAGAAUGAUUACGUGUUUGGAGAUAAAAAAUUUGGUGGAAAUGCUCAAUCUAUAAUAAAAAGGCGAUGGAUACAUCACACUUCCUUUCUAUGGGAUUAUGAGGUGAAGAACAUGGCAUACUUGAAGCUACCAGCUCGGGCUCCGAAGUACAGAUCUACAAGAAACCACACUGAAUUUGUCUGUCGAAUGAAGGAAUAUUUUUCAAGAACAGUUUUCAUAGAGAGAACCCUGAAAGCUCUUCAAACACAUUUCUCAGUGGAACCCAUAAACUUGGAGGGACUCGGCGCAUCUCAUGAAACAGGAUUUGUUCCCUCCACCAAGCUUCUCACAAAGCAGGAACUCGAGGAUGCUUGGGUUUUGCAGCCAAAGAUUAUGGCUUGCAGUGGUUAAAAUUUUUUGAAACCAACACAAGAUCUCAUCUAUUGAAUGUCCAUACACUGGAUACAAACCAAUUGCUAGUGAAGCCCCUGACUAUACAAGAUAGGUUGCUUUUUACUCUAUUGUUGCAUUUAAGUGUUAUUCCUGCUGUUAUUAUGUGCAACUGGAAACUGUAUUUUAUUAUGCAAAUUGAAAAUCCAAUGGAGUUUUUGUGAAGAACAUCUCCAUUGUCCA